GUGCAGAGGAGCAUGCUUUUCUUGAUUGGCAUCUUUUAUUUGCCUAUCACAGCUUAUUUACAAUGAAAAUGGAAUUAGAGCUCUGUGAAUUAUUAACUAAGGAGAUGCAAAAACAAGUAGCCUUGUGAUGUGGAAGGUCUGUCCCCCCCGUUCUGCAGAAAAUAUUGCUGGUUUAUUUUGUUAGGAUACACCUAGAAAAAACACAGCAAAAAGUGGGAGGUACCUGGAGACCUGCAUGAUGGUGGGGCACUUAAACAAUGUCCCCCCACAACAAAAAAGUCACUUCCCCAGCUCUCCAAAGGGAUUAACAGGUUAUUGAGAAUUAAUUCUCAUGUCAGCAGAAAACUCAACCAUCACAGUCCGUCUCGUUCGCUCUUUUGAACACCGGAACUUCAGACCUGUGGUGUAUCAUGGAAUUAACUUGGAUCAGACAGUAAAGCAGUUCAUUACUUUUGUGCGGAAGGAUGUGCCUUCAAGAACAGAACUUCCUCCUCCAUUCAAAAAUUACAAGUACGAUACAAUGAAGAUUAUUCACCAAGCGCACAAAUCUAAGACUGGUGAUCUUGUAGUGAGUUUGGAAGAUGAUGACAAACUGAUUUUGAAAGAAGACAGUACACUGAAAGCAGCUGGAGUAGCAAAUGAGACCGAAUUAGCAUUCUUCUGUGAGGAAGAUUACAGAAACUACAAAGCUAAUCCUGUUUCGGCCUGGUGAAGAUCCCAAGAGACUGUUUUGUUGUCCCGUACCUGUUGUAAAUUUUCCUUAUUCUGCUUAAUGAGAUUUUUCUUAAAGAUCAAUAAAUCCUAGAGGAUUGCUUUGCAAACA